UAGGUGACGGGAUUGGUGCUGUUCUCUUUCUGGAGAGAAAGACAUCCUUGGUCAUCUAAAGCAUUGCACUCUCUUCCUGAGAGAGGCAAUGGCCACAGCAGGGAACGACUCCUUCAUUGCCGAGGGAAUGACUCCGCCACAAAGGAUCCUCUUUCCCCCCGAGAAGAUUUGCAUGGUCUGGCAGCAAAGACAGAGUGCUGGAGCAGGACUCCUCAAUGUGGGCAACACGUGCUUCCUUAAUGCUGUCCUGCAAUGCCUGACAUACACCCCGCCGCUGGCCAACUAUCUGCUCUCCCGGGAGCACAGCCAGGCCUGUCGCCAACAAGGCUUCUGCAUGAUGUGCAUCAUGGAAGCGCAUGUUAACAAGGUCCUGCGUUCAGUCAGUGCCAUCCUGCCUUGGGCUGUUCUCAGGGGUUUCAGAUUCAUAGGAGAACAUUUUCAGCUUGGCAGGGAGGAAGAUGCCCAUGACUUCUUAUGCUGUACUGUCAAUGCCAUGCAGAGAGCUUGUCUGAGUGCAAGCAACGACUUGGACAUAUCAUCUCAAUCUACUACCAUUGUCCAUCAAAUAUUUGGAGGCUUUCUGAGAUCCAGAGUCAUCUGCUUCAGCUGCAAAGCCAUUUCUGAUUCCUAUGAGGCCUUCCUGGAUGUCCCCUUGGAUAUCAAAGCAGCCUCAUCCCUCACUGCAGCUCUGGAGGACUUUGUAACACCGGAGCACCUGGAUGGGGAAAACUGCUUUAAAUGUAGCAAGUGUGAGAAGAAUGUUGCCGCCACUAAGAGGUUCACUGUCCACUGUGCACCCAAGGUUCUCACUGUGUGUCUGAAGAGGUUUGACUGCUUCACUGGUGGCAAGAUCAGCAAGGUUGUAGGGUAUCCGGAGUACUUGGAUCUUCGCCCAUACAUGUCUCAGGCAGAUGGAGAAGCACUCCUCUACUCCUUAUAUGCUGUCCUGGUGCACAGUGGUGUCAGCUGUCAUGGAGGACACUAUUUCUGCUACACAAAGGCCAGCAAUGGAUUGUGGUACCGGAUGGACGAUGAAUCUGUGCAGCUGUGUUCCAUUGACACAGUUCUCAGGCAGCAAGCCUACCUGCUGUUCUAUGCCAGAUGCUCUGAUCUGAGAAUUGGAGAAAGGCCUUCUUCCUCACUGGCACCAUCACAUGCCCCUUCCUUCCUCAGUCAGUGUGUGGCCAGCAGCAAGCAGGCGGGCUCUGUUGGACCACAGGCUCUGACUGUCCCAGCCCGGCUCGGCUUGGCAGGGACUCCAAGCCCCUCCCGUGCCAGCCCUGCCCCAGCAGGGCCAUGUGGCAGCAGCCGAUGCGGCUGCAAGGCCGGUCCCCCCCGGGCGGGAGCAGUGGCGGGCCCGGGGCAGCCAAAGGGGUCGGAGCGAGAGGAGCCGGGACGAGGCAGCGCUGCUGCGGCAGCGGCUCCUUCCGAGCCCGCCGGGGCUGGGCGGGAAGGAGGAGCCCGCGGGCAGCCGCUCCCUGCGCGGGCCCUGCGGAGGGGACAGGGCGGGACGAACCCGCCGGACCCCCCUCCCGGCCCCUCCAGCCGCGCCGGGGCCGCGCCCGAGCUCCGCCACCGCCUCCCCGAGUGCCCGCCCGGCUUGGCCCAGAAUCCCAGCUCCCUGUGCUGA